GCCGACACCAGACCUAGACACGUCAGGCAGGAAACAGCAAAACGCACCUCGUCGAGCCGCCAUGCUCUUCAGCCUUGUUCAAGAAGGACCCUUGCUGACUUGAUGCAGCCCUUUAUCCUACAUGAUAUUCAUUUCCACGAGUCCGCGCUUGCAUCAUCACGGCGUUCCCGGCAUCUGCAUAUUUCUGGUAUGAUUCUUGGGCAAACAAAUCUCACCUGUCCGGUCAUGUCACUAAGCACGAUCCGCUCGAUAGGCGUUCGAUACCCUUCCAUAUUUGAAGCUGACGCAAGCGACUACGAAAUCUGCUGUGCUGAACAGAGGUCCAUGUGUCAGGUAAGGCAUACCCCAAUGUUCCCUCCUGCACGUGCAUAUAUCUGCUUUAGUCGUUAUGUAGUUGCAGGCUGUCGAUAUGGACCAAAUCCAUUUUUCAAUCAAUUGUUCAUGAUUUACUCUUGUCCGUUGUAUAUCAAGUGA